UGGACACUGUCAUCUUUUUUAUUUGGGUUCGCAUUACCGACUUUAACGGAUUCACGUCUACUGGACGCGCCUCUGAACACCCUCCUCCCUUCUUCUUCUACUACUACCCACUGGUAUCGACCGCUUUUCUUCUUUCUUCUUCUCUUCUCUCUCACACAUCCUUCUUCAACCUUUUGCUAA